AUGGAGAUCUCCCCCCACGCUCUCCAGGUCGAGGACUUGGAGAAGCAGCCAGAUCUUGUCUCAGAGAAGGCCGUCUCUGUCGUGGAAAAAGACUCUCCCACCGAAGACGAACUGCAUGGUCCGAAUGCCCUUCGUCGUGUCUCUGCUCCCAUCCCCUGGACUGUGUACACUGUUGCUUUUGUUGAGUUGUGCGAGCGUUUCUCCUACUACGGCACUCAAGUCUUGUAUGCCAACUUUGUCAAUCACUCGCUUCCCCAGGUGAACGGCCCCCCCGGUUCGAACCACAACACUGGCGCUGGCGGCGGCAGUGCGCAGGGGAUCUCCGGCGCGUUGGGCCAGGGGGCCGAGAUCGCCAGCGCGAUCAACACGUUCAACACCUUCUGGAUGUACUGUGUGCCUCUGGUGGCAGCCUGGGUAGCCGACGAGCAUUGGGGCCGGUACCGGACGAUCUGCGUGGCCGUGGCAAUCGCCAUCCUAGGCCACAUUGUGCUGGUGAUCUCGGCGUUGCCGGCCGUCAUCACGCAUACGACUACGUGUUUUGCCGUCUUCCUCGUCGGAGUGGUCAUCAUGGGCGUCGGCACGGGCGGCUUCAAGCCCAACAUCUCACCCCUGAUCGUCGAGCAGAUCGGCUUGACGACGCCCCAGAUCCAGACCCUCCCCUCUGGCGAGCGGGUCAUCCUCGAUCCAACCAUCACCCAGAGCCGGAUCUACCACUACUUCUACUUGUUUGUGAACGUGGGCGCGCUGAUCGGCCAGAUCGGGAUGAGCUACGCGGAAAAAUACGUCGGCUUCUGGCUGGCCUUCCUGCUGCCCACCGUCUUGUUCCUGACCACCCCGGCCGUGCUGUUCUGGGGCCGUCGCCGCUACCGCCAGGCUCCGCCGCAGGGGUCCGCCUCCUUGCAAGCCGUACGGACCUUUUUCUUUGCUCUCCGGGCUCACUGGCUCUGGAAUCCUGUCAAGAUGUGGCGGAACACCCCUAAUGAUACAGGCAGUAGCAGUACCUCUACCACCUUCUGGGACUCCGCCCGGCCGUCAAACAUCGACCCUUCUCUACGGCCAGCAUGGAUGACCUUCGACGACGCCUGGGUCGACCAGGUCCGACGCGCAUUUGCCGCCUGCGCCGUGUUCGCCUGGUUACCGCUGUACUGGCUCGCGUACAACCAGCUAACCAACAACCUGACCAACCAAGCCGGCACGAUGAGCCUGCACGGCGUGCCCAACGAUAUAGUCAACAACCUCGACCCGCUCGUGCUAAUCAUCUUCAUCCCCAUCUGCGACUCGUUUUUUUACCCGUUCCUGCGCCAGAUCGGUGUACGCGUCACUCCCAUCCGCAAGAUUGCCGUGGGAUUCUGGCUCGCAGCCGGGGCGAUGGUCUGGGCCGCCGUGCUACAGGUAUACAUCUACAGAACAUCCCCCUGCGGCGACCAAGCAGACAACUGUAUCGAUCCACAUGAUGGAAGCGUGCGUCCGUCCCCAAUCUCCGUCUGGGCACAGACAGGCUGCUACGUGCUCAUCGCCUUGUCUGAGAUCUUCGCCUCCAUCACCUCCAUGGAAUACGCUUACUCCAAGGCCCCCCCCGGUCUGCGCUCGCUGAUCCAGGCUCUAGCCUUGUUCACAAACGCCAUCUCCGCUGCUCUUGGGGAGGCCCUCAAUCGACUGUCGGGUGAUCCGCUGCUGGUCUGGAAUUACUCGGUUUUCGCAGUCCUGGCUUUUGUCGGUGGGUGUGGCUUUAUGGUUCAGUUUCGGGGGUUGGAUGAUGAAGAUGCUCUUACUUUGUAG